CUCGCAUCCCGGUCGGUCCAGUGAGAGUCACACACCGCUCCCCACUGGCCGUUCAGAUACACUUCAACACGCCCACUGUUGGACGACGAGCCACCGACAAGCCUGGUGGCACCUAGCGGAUGAGGGUGAUGGAAGACCACCACCCCCUUCGAGAUGCGGCUCACCCCCCUCCUCCAAGAAAAGAGAGAAAUUAAAAAAUGGUGGAAGGCUUCCAGCUGGAGGGGAAGGAGAAAGAAGAGCAGCCUCCUUGAGUCCAAACAAUGCAAGAAUAGGAAAUGGCGGCAAGGUGAAUCGAGGGGGAAUGGAGAGCAUCAUCCGUGCGGUUACGUACCUGAGUUCUGGACCUCGUUUAAAAACAUCUUGAGCUGUUGUGUUGUUGUUGUCUUCAUUAGCGACACCGUGGAAAUCUACCCGGCUGCCGUCUUCUAUUUGAUGGGGUCGACCGGGGGAAGGAAGGAGGAGGAGGAAGAGAUGGAGGAUCUCCAACCAGGAGCGUUCAAAAGCAUAAAUGUGACCUUAAUUGGACCAUGUGGAGAAUGACCACGGUGACGCCUGUGCAGUCAAUUGAUCAACUUCUUCCUGCUGUUCCUUCCUUCAGGUGGCUAAUGGAGGAGGACAGAAGAUGGAUGGAGGACUGACAAAUGGGUGCUGGCGUCCAAAGCUGCAUGUUGUUGAUUAUUUUCACAUUCAAAGCCUGAUUAAGGCAGAGUGGCUUCAGUUCCAGCACAGUGACAGGCCGUCCGCCGAGAUGUUAACGGACGUGAGCGUGGAAGAGGAGUUCGAGCUGAAGGAGGAAGAACCCUGGUACGACAAGCAUGACCUCGAACACGACCUCCAGCUGGCCGCAGAGCUGGGCAAGUCGCUGCUGGAAAGGAACCACGAGCUGGAGCAGGGACUCCAGCAGAUGUACUCCACCAAUCAGGAGCAAGUGCAAGAGAUCGAGUACCUGGCAAAGCAGGUGGAGCUCCUGCGGCAGGUGAACGACCAGCACGCCAAAGUGUACGAGCAGCUGGACGUGGCGUCUCGCGAGCUGGAGCAUAGCAACCGCAAGCUAACUCAGGACAACCGCAGUGCCCAGCACAAGAUCCGCGGGCUGAUGGAAAUGGUAGAAGCGCUGCAGACGCGCGUGGACGAGCUGCAGCGACAGGUUGACGACAUGAAACUGGGACCCUCGCAGCUGGCCCAGGGGGGCCGGCGGAGGUGGCCCGGCGCCCAGAGUCUGGAGGAACUGCAAAAACUCAGGCAGUGUGACGGCGAUCCGGAAGAACCUCGUCUUGGUGUUGAGGGGCACGACGGUGUGCAGCGGUGGCACGAAGAGCAGCAGGCGUCGCUGCGCCGCUCGCUGCGCAGCCUCCAGGCCCAGUAUGCAGGAGAACGCGCCCGGCGAGAGGAGGCGGAGCGCGAGGCCGGGCUACUGAGUCGGCAGAGGGCCGUACUCGAGCGGCAGCUGGCUGGCAUGGAGACGUGCAGGAUGCGAGUGUCUGAGUUGGAGCGAGAAGCCGAGGAACUUCGCCACCUCUGGAAGUCUGAAUCCUUUUCCCGGCUGAACGUGGCGUACGCUCUCCCAGAGGAGGAGGAGGCGGAAGAGGAGCGUGACGGGGAAGCCAGUGGGCCGUUCCUCCGAAGCCAGCGACCCCUCAAGCGAUGGGCAAGCGAGCGUCUCCUCAAGACCAAACACAGCGCCGACCCCGCAGGUGAGCACGAGUGCUGGUGCGCCCAGAGGGCCGGGAAAGCGGAGCGUGGCGGUAUCUCGCUGCUCAACGAGGUGGACGCGCAGUACAGCGCCUUGCAGGUCAAAUAUGAGAAGCUGCUCAGGCGCUUUGGAUUACAGCAACAUCAGGAAGAAGAAGAGCACGAGCAGCUAAGUCACAAGACUGUCCAGACAGUGGACUACAACGGCAGCUUUCACCAGCCUGAGUACAAGGAACUAUUCCGAGAGAUUUUUGCUCGCAUCCAGAAGACCAAAGAGGACCUGGAGAAAAGGGCCAGGCCACCUUGCACCUGAUGCAAUAUGCUGAAGCACAUGCUAGGGAAAGUGGGUGGGGUGCGGUUGAGUGAAGUCUUCUAGUCUUCAGCACUUGUUGGAGUUCAUUGGACAUGCUAUGAAUUCCAAUGGAAACCUUUAUUUAUUGCCGUUUCUUUUGGGUCAGGCGAUCUGGCCUAAAUGUAAACUGCUAUAUUAUUCCUGCUAUUUUUUCUGUUGCUCCGCAACAUACAGUUGAGCACCGUGUCUUUGCCUUCCUCCAGGCUCCUUUUUUUGACAUAUGCAAAGUAACAGUUGCUCCAUGGAGCGAGCAACUUAAGUUAGAAACUGCUUUUUUAGAUGAGCUGUUUACACCGAGUUUGUUAUUGGAACCAGUGCAUGUCGGUAAAGACUUUUUUUUUUACAUUGCUUAGUAUGUCAUAAUAUCUAAUUGAGCAUAUUUACUGAAUCAGUGUCGCAUUAAAAAAUAAAAA